UUCUUACUUAAAGCCCACCGGUUUUUUUAAACUGCCUCCUACUCUGACACUCCAAAAUCUGCCCAGUUGUUCCGCGUACAUCGAAGAACAACUGCCACUAUAUAAUCCCCUGCCCAUCCUCCUUCCCCUCACACUCCUUCACCCCCGAGAGUGGGGUCUAGCUUUUGGUCUGUAUCUAUCCUACCUGCCAUCCUGUACAUGAGGGGAUAUCUUUAAUUAUUAUUAAUCCCUACAUAUUCUCUCUCCUUUCAUCACAUUCCUUCCUUCUUCAAAUACUCUUACUCUUACCCAACCACACACACACACACGCUCAUUAUACUUACUUACUGAAACAUUCUUAUCAAUUUUUAAUAUUACAAAAUUCGAGAUAUACAGAUCUACCCGGAUAAUAAUUGUCACAUACAGAGAGCUCUAAAAAUAGUCUGCCAUGGAACUGUCAUCGUCGAUCGUUCUUCCACCCCAGACGGUGCAUAAUAGCCAACCCUCAGACUCCGGCCAUCUACCCCCAUCACAACAACACAUUCUGCAGCACCAGCAAUACCCCUCUAGCUCCAGAGGCACCAAUGAAACCGGUGAGGAAGACACCAAGUUUCCGAUAUCGAAUGCCUCACACGUGCCCCUCUACGAACAGUCUUAUAUGCAUCUCUCGGUCCCUUCGGGGAGUCCACAGACAGCCAAUUGCUUCAGCCAUAGCUCAGAAAACAACAUGAACAGCCCUUCUGUCACUAAGCAACAGUCCCCCCCGCUAUCCCAGAAAUCAACUCCCACGCCCCCACCUACCUCAUCACCCUCGUCACCUUGUCAGUCAGCCCCUUCCAACUUGAUCGACCUAAACUCGAUUGUUUCAUAUUCUCAACUACUACAAAGGAAAGAUGAAGUGAUUCUAGCACUAAAAUAUCGAUCAGGGGACCAUCUGGCCACCCAAGCACUAGAGCUUUUAAGAGCGGGCCGAGAGCGGGUCAAGCGAAUCACAGCCGCGGGCAGGGCGGCCACCGGGAAACCGCCAGUGAAGCAUAUCCAAGAGCAAUACCUCGCCGUUUUUAGCCGCUUCUCGGAAUAUUGCACCUCUCAAAAUAUUCCAACGUGGCCUAUCGAGCCCGUCCGAGUGGCUAUCUGGGUCCUAGCCAUGCAAGAGAAGUCGCCACCCACUCCAGCCACACUAAGACAGUAUAUAACCAGAUUGGAGUUUACCUGUACGGUGACUGCUGGAUUAUUUGAGCCUGAAUUUGGAGCUUCCUCUCCUCUCAAAGGUAGCGCCCUACUACGGGAACUUGUGAACCGAGACCUUCCUGGACAGCCUCCAGCUCGGCAGCCACGUUCACCAUCGAGUUCGAAACCUAUCCCAAAACGUGGUAGUAGUCUGUCGACUUGCGAUCCUGCAGAGCAUUCUCUGACGCCAACAAACAAGAAAUGGUCGAGGUUCGAAGGCGUUCCUGGAGAAUUCGAACGUUACGACCAUUAUCUGUCGCCGUUCAGUCCUUCGGUAGCCUAUCAAGCAACGCCUCUGAUCCCUCAUCCGAAUAACUCAGAAAUGUGGGCUGCCCAUUCCGGCCAUCAGGCAGAGCGAUAUUCCAACGAGGUCCUCCAUCAUUGCCAUCCGCAUUCAGCUCAUCCUGUUUCUCAGCAUUACCAUCCCGAGUCAAAUCAUCACCUCGAGCAUCAUCAGCAUUCUUCAGUCAAUGGUCGCCCUCGCUCACAUGAAGUUGUCGGGAAUCCUGUCCAAUUGCAUUCCUCGCAUCGAAGCCUGCCCCCUUAUCAGAGAGGUUACUCUCAUGAAUACAUCAACCCUCAUGGAAAUCCGUCCUUCCCAUCACAUCACCCUAUCAUUCCACCGAAUGGGGAUGGCCGAUACAUUCCUGAUCCAGCUCCGAAUCAGUGGUCUUGAUCAAAUAUGCUCGUUCCAUCCCCACCUUUGGAACCAACAAACAAACAAAAAAAAACGAUGUAGACCAAUUCCUCAGUUUCUUCGACAUUGGUGUACAAUCUUAAUUGUCCUCGGUUAGAAAUCCCUUUUGAUUUGCAACCUUAAUGUUCCAAUCCAUUUUUGGCUGUAAUGAUCUGUUUGCUUUUGCAAUUCAAUUCGUACUGGGAGCUGUGUUUUUUGGUUGGCUUCAUUUUCAUCUUCAUCCUUUUUUCUGACUAUAUAUUUACACACUUAGCUACAUAUAGUCAUCCAUUUCCCUUCAUUUCCCCUUCUUUCUUUCUCUUACUUUUUUUUUUUUGGAGUUACCCCCAGGAUUGUUAUGGUUAUAUCUUUCGCAAUGGAAUCUGGCUUGCUUACUCGGAAACGGAACUCCUUUAAAAACAUUUUUCUUGACAAAAAAAAAGGAUUAUUUAAGCUCUUUUCUUUUUUUUUGUGAAAUCUGUAUAAAUGAGUACACCAAUUCCGAUUUUCUAUUUCAUAUAGCUCGUUCAUUCAGUGUCAAUCUUGUUUCUUCGUUCUUGCUAUUAUCUCUGUCAGCUCUCCCCUCCCCUCCCCUCCUCCUCCUUAAGCCGCUAUCAAGCCGUUCAUCUAGAUUGUUUGAUUUUGAUUUCUUGAUCAGUUUAUCUAGUAGACUUAAUUAAAAUACACCAACUUGAAAAAAGAAACCCAUAAUUCUUAAUGGCCAAUUGUGUCUGAUUUAUUUUAUUUUUGGAAUAGUUCAUUGCCAGUUAUAAGUAUGUAGCUUUGCUCCAUUUUCAGAUUCUAUACAGCAAAUCGGUAGCCAAAUGCUCCUCUGGGUUUGACAAGCCUGGUCAUACCGCUAUGUUCCACGAUCUACCUAUCCACAGUUCUGCUGUGUUCAAGUCUGCUUUUGAAUUUUGUCAAACUCCACCAAGGUCCUGCUUAACCGAAGGAGGAGCCUUCGAAGUAGACCCGAGCAGGCCUCCUCCGGAGGGCUUCCGGUUGGGAAACCUGCAGUUCUGACAGAAAGUUAUCUUGAUCACAUUGUUAGACUCUACCAUCCCACGCGAGGAUUAUUUGUCGCUGUUGAAUGAUCUCAAUUCAAUCCUUAACUUAAC